GGGAUAACAGAAUCCCACGUGCAGCGAAACAGGAAGGUCUUCCGACAGGAAGAACCGGAGCGGCGGGACGGGAAAUGAGGAAAAAGAAUCGAGUGUACAAAUUACGAAUAUAUAUCAUGAGUUUCAGCCCGGUUCUUGGGGCCAGAGCUUUAUAGCGCCUCAUCUUAUUACCAUCCCCAGAUUUCCCCACAUGGCGAGGUUUACUCUAGUCGGAUUGGCGGUGGCCGCCUCUGUCCAAACGGCCACGGUUCUGGCGCGGAGUUCAUGCGGCCACAAUUGCCAUCUCGCCGAGCCCAUCCUCUCUUGCUCUGCUGCCGCGCAGCCGGGUUUGGUCGACUCGUGCUGUGUCGAGACGUUCGGUGGCCUCGUGGUUUCGACGCAGUUCUGGAAUACCUACACCGGGCUCGAGUCCGAGGGACAGCUGCUCCCCGAGAACUCCUUCACCCUGCAUGGCCUGUGGCCCGACUUUUGCAACGGCUCGUGGACGCAGUACUGCGACCUCAACCGGCAAUAUGAUCCCCACCCGUCGCCCAACACAACAACCGGCACACCCGGCGGCACUCCCGUCCCGCCGUACACGGGCCCGACCGUGGAUACAUUCCUCACCGCCCUCGGCCACCCGGGCCGCACCCUCCUCGGGUGGAUGAACAAGUUCUGGAUCGCCCGGAACGAACCCAACGCGGUGCUCUGGGCCCACGAGUACUCUAAACACGCCACGUGCUUCAGCACCUUCGCUCCCUCGUGUUUCACUAAAUCGGCCCUCAAAAAGCACAGGGACGUGCUGGACUACUUCUCCGUCUCGGCCGACUACUUCAACCGGCUGCCGACCUACGACUGGCUGGCCGACGAGGCCAUCAAGCCCAGCAACUCGACCGGCUACACGCUCUCGGCGAUCCAGUCGGCGCUGGCCGCCCGCCACGGCGCGACGCCCUACAUCGGGUGCUCCGGGCCGCGGUACAACGAGACCGAGGCCGGCAAGGGGUCGCUGGACGACGGCCGCACCGUGUUUGGCGAGGUGUGGUACUAUUACCACGUCUACGGCCAGGUGCAGGCCGGGAAGGGCGAGCCCGUCGAGGCCGACAUCAACGGCAGCAGCACGAGCAGCUGCGCCAAGGCCGACAAGGCCGUCUGGUACUAUGAGCGCAGUCCGGGCUCAGAGAGGCGUGUAUGAACUAUUACUACGAAUGGUGGGAAUGACAAU